UCACGUCGGCCUUUGACUGAUCUCGGCAUGAACUCCUGCUUGACAGCGUGUGACGGAAUGAAUCAGCAUCGUGACUGUGACUCUGCGGUUCACGUUCACAUGAUCAGCGGAAGCGUCCGUCAGCCAGCGGGGCGCAACUUGAGCUCGACUUGACACCGCCGUUGCCUGGUCUUCCUCUCCCGAACACUCACCACCACGAACCUCGCACCACGCUCUCCACGUCCGUCCUACUUCGAGACAUCUACCACAACAGCACCGCAAACUCCACCACAACCGCCGCCAUGCGCUCCAAGUUCAAGGACGAGCACCCCUUCGAGAAGCGCAAGGCCGAAGCUGAGCGCAUCCGCCAGAAGUACGCCGACAGAAUCCCAGUCAUCUGCGAGAAGGUCGAGAAGUCGGACAUCGCUACCAUCGACAAGAAGAAGUAUCUCGUACCAGCCGAUCUCACUGUCGGCCAGUUCGUGUACGUGAUCCGCAAGCGCAUCAAGCUCAGCCCAGAGAAGGCCAUCUUCAUCUUCGUGGACGAGGUGCUGCCACCAACCGCCGCGCUCAUGAGCUCCAUCUACGAGGAACACAAGGACGAGGAUGGCUUCCUCUACAUCACGUACUCGGGCGAGAACACAUUCGGUGAGCUCGCAUAAGCAGUUGCCGCCUCAUCACCUACAAUCACGACACACUCGCCACGAAGCUACUACGUUUACGACAACACUCAGCCACGUCCCCUAUGCCCAUGACUGGAAGAUUCUCUUUGGGAGAGGGCGUUAUUGGGAGGCGAUUCUGCUAGGACAUCAAUGAACACAACACGAUAUGGAUAAGAAGCGGCAGAGCAUACGCCUCAGCAGGUUGGCAGGCAUGACCACAGGGCUCUGGAAGCUGCGGCAUAAUUCACGGACGCUUCUGGUCUUAACAGAUGUCACUGAGCUUGGCUUCAACAUAGCAUAGCUGAGAAUAACAGUCCGUAGCCCUGCCAUACCAUAGCCGCUUCUGCUUAGCAACGCUCCCUCGGCACUUAGCAUGACGUGAUCGAUGCUGCUGUGCACAUCAGGUGACAGCAAGGGUUGCGAUAUCAGCAUCAGCAUGUGACAUCUGACUUGCGCAUGGUAGAGUGGCUCACACCUGCCAUCAGUCAUCGCAUAUCCCACGCGCCUU